AUGGCCAAAGCAGAUAUGAUUGUGAGUUCUCCCGAUCUCUCGCCUGCAGAUGAUGAUGAGGAACCGUUAGAUUAUGGGACCUCUUCUCAUAACGAGGAUGCUGAUGAGGAGGAUGGCGAUGGUGACAAUGAUUCCACUGGUUGGGCUGAUCCGCCACCACCCUCUUCUGACAAGGCGUCCGGUUCUCCAACUCGUGAGGCUGCUGAUGCGUCAUCGUCUCUCCACCCACAAGCAGCAGACAUUCCUCCCUCUGAAUCGAUGCCGGUGACGACAAGUUCUUUGCCAGAAGAACCUCUUUCGCUAACGAUUCCCCUCAAAUCCGCAGGGACUGAGAUUGAUCUGGGACCGGAGAGCGCUCCAAUAGUGAGCCCUAAGGCUACUGAUACUCUAAGAACCAAGGCAGCUGGAAAGAUGGUUCUUACCGAAGCAGAAGAAGUUCAGUACGAGAAACAUACUCGCAGGAAACUGCUAGUAGACCCUCCUGCUGAGAAGUUGAUGGCGGAUGCUUUUAAAUCUGCCGGUGGAGGGGAAGAGCAAGAACCAGCUGCUGUAAGUCGUCCCGAUCACACAAGUCCUCAUUCUGGGGGUUCUAAAUUUUCUGAAAAAAUUUCUUCCCACUGUCCUUUGGACCCAGAAGAGGGUGGAGAUGAAUCCCUGAUUAGGGAUAUGAAGGCUUCUCCUGAUAUUUCACCCCUUCCAGAGCAAAUCCCUGGUGCUUCUCUUUCAUCUGCGGGGACAUUACCUAUGAUGUCUCCCUCUAAAGGGGUUAGAUCGCCUACAGGUGAACUGUUAGCAGAUGAAGCUGCAAAUUUUAACUAG